CAUCCCUUUUAAUUGUUGUCAACCAGUGGUCGAGUAUUUGUCAAAUUGCCGCAAAAGUUUUGUCUGUAAAUUUUGUUGUUUAGCUAUUGAUAAAGUAUCGUAUUCCCGAGAUGAAUUUGUCAGAUGAUAAUACGUUCGGUAACGGGCUUUUGUACGUCGGUUUUAACCAGGAUCAAGGUUGCUUCGCUUGCGGGACGGAGAAUGGAUUUCGUGUUUUCAACAGUGACCCUCUUAAAGAGAAAGAGCGCCAAAAUUUUGCGGAGGGAGGUCUGUCUUACGUAGAGAUGUUGUUUAGGUGUAACUACAUGGCGCUCGUAGGGGGUGGAAAAACCCCCGUGUACCCCCCCAACAGAGUGAUAAUAUGGGACGACUUGAAGAAGGAUUCGGCGAUAUCGCUAGACUUCAACAGUCCAGUAAAAGCGGUUAAACUGAGACGCGAUCGUAUUGUUGUUGUUUUAGAGAACUUAAUAAAAGUGUACACAUUCACCGCCCAGCCGCAGCUGCUGCAUGUGUUUGAGACAUGCCAAAACUCUCGGGGCUUAUGUGUUGUGUGCCCAAACAGCAAUAAUGCAUUACUGGCAUAUCCCAGCCGCAAAACAGGACAUGUGCAACUUGUAGAGCUAAGCAGUCAUGCAGGACCCAGCUCAGCUCCGGAAGGUCACCUCAUCACGGCACAUGAGGCACCGCUCAGCUGCCUUGCCCUUAAUGUGGGGGGCACAAGGUUGGCAACAGCAUCCACAAAAGGCACCCUCAUCAGGGUCUUUGACACAGUGACAGGACAGAAGCUGGCAGAACUAAGGCGAGGUGCCCAUCAGGCGACAAUAUACUGCAUAAACUUCAACCACUCGAGCACGAACCUGUGCGUGACGUCAGACCAUGGCACGGUGCACGUCUUCAGUCUGGAGGACGACAAGCUGAACAAGCAGUCCACGCUAGCCACAGUCAACUUCCUGCCCAAAUACUUCUCCAGCAAUUGGAGUUUUUGCAAGUUCACAAUACCCAACGGUCCGCCGUGUAUCUGCGCUUUUGGUGUUGAUAAGAGUUCUAUUAUAGUUAUAUGUGCUGACGGGUCAUAUUAUAAAUACAAGUUCAACGAAAAAGGAGAGUGCACCAGGGACGUAUACGCUCAGUUCCUGGAGACGUCAGAGGACAGAUAAACGCACGGCGACCCUCCACAGGCAACGGAGUGUAUGUAUUGUGCAUAUGAUGUGGCCCCCAUGUUCAUAAUUUUAUAUUUUUACAUUAUAAAGUCGGUGUCAACUGUUUAAUAAUUGUAUUUUAGCUGGCAAACAACUGAGCAAGCUCCUGCUUGAUAGUUGUUGACCGUAAGAGUAGCUAUACGCACGUCAAACCCCACACCAUGUGUAGUGUGUUCAAGUGGUUUGCUGGCUAUUAUGCUGUAGGAGACAUAUAGAUAUUUUAUUCUUUAUGAAUUGACUCUCAACUAUUCUACUUGAGAAACGUAUCCGUGUCAGGUGUUGGUAUUUACGCAUCAAAGGUAACAUGAACCGUGUUCAAUUGACACCGUAAUGUCACACCUUGUUGAUUACGUCACAGUACUUCGGCGAAUUCUUGGCGUUAAUGUUUGAAUUUUUUUUACUUGCGAAUAUUCACUUACAUAAAAUAUAACGAACUAUAAUAUUAAUUUAUACAUUACGCAAUUGAUUAUUUUCUAUAGCCGUGUAAUUAUGAUCUUGAUAAAUAUUGAAUUAAUUUGCCAGGUAUUGUGAAGUAAGUUUAAAUAAAUUGUUUAGGGUUGUUCAUACGGCACUAAUUUAGUCUGACGGUAAGACGUGUGUAGACAUAUUGAUUGGGUGCUAGUGGACAUGUCCAAUGUAAUGGACAUUCACAUCGGUACGCUCACUGUAAGUUUGUGUGAUCGUUUUGGACUUGUCGGUCUACAGAUCGACUGACGGUCAGCGCUGACGGAAUAGAUGCCGAUGAGACUUAUUGAAAUUCAACAUUAUGUUCUUUUAUAUAAGAUUGGCUUUAGUAUAACAAAUAAGGGGGCUCGAAAAUAGUUAAUUCCUUUAGUUUUAAUUCCAGUCGUGUAUUAAAAAGACAUAAGGUUUAGUCUUAAUUGUUAUUGGAAUCAAUGUUGCGCCGUGGCGUCCGUCGGCGCUGACGCUAAAUUAAAAUUUAUUACGAUGUUAUAAACUUUUGUUACUAUGUACGGAAUGUCAGAGUAUAUUAAAAGACCAUAUCAAAAGGACGACUAUAAGUAAAAUAAUAUUGAUUUAUAUAUGAAACAAUAUAAGAAUGAACAUAAUUUUAAUGAGAGGCUAUGUUUCCUUGUUGGAUGUAAAUAUUUUCAUUAUUAUUUCGUGGAUAAGAAUCUAUUCAAAGAUAACUUCCGAACGUAAUUUUUAUUGAAUAUUGUGAAUCUUUUGACUGUAAAAUAUUAUUGCUUGAACCUUUAUAGAAAGCCUUUGUAUCAGCUUCUUAAAUGUUCGUUUUAUGUAUUUUAUCGAAGUAGCUUGGUCAAUGUUGAAAAUAUAAAAUAUAUUAUUUUCUCUAUUAGUUAUUGUAAAUUAUGUUAAAUACUUUACGUACGUACAGCCACGUUUUAAACUGUAUAUUGAGCAAUUUACAAAAAAAUAAAAUGCCGAAAUUUAGGGUAAAUCAUACUAAAUAUAGAAUGAUAAAAGAAUGCAUGUAUUAGUAUGUACUUAAAAAAUACAGAAAUAUUAAUUGCCCCAUUAAUUUAAAAUAUUUUUUUACUUUUCUUAUGACACUCUCACAGGUUUGGUGCCUAAAAAAAGUAAUUUUGAUAUAUUACGAAGUGAAAAAGUUUUUAUAAAUAUGCCAAAGUAAUAACACCAUUUCAUAUUUUUGAUCUCAUGAAAUCUAAUUUGUUUGUGAUUUGGCUGUAUCUGUUUUAUGUUUAUGGUUCAGUAAUUUAUUCAUAAUAAAAUGCGAAAGAUAACUUAUAUUUUAGUCCUAUUUGAUUCUCCACAUGAGACAAGUAACCCCAGAGAUCGUAGCCAUAAUGCCUUUCUACAAAUGUUAACGCAAAAAGAAAAUAUAUGUAUGGGAAUGACAUAUCUAAACGAUAAGUUUGCCUUUAGGCUAUGUAAUUUCUAUACAUAACGUUAGCGAUAACGAUUGUAGACAGGAAUCUUGGCUACAGCCGCAGAUAUCCAUAGGACAGAAUGGCCGGUCCACGUAAACCGCCUUGAAGUUAGUCACGAGCUGUGUUGGAAUUAUUUAUUGACUAACUUGACUAGAGAGUGACGAUGUAUAAAGGGUGAAGUGCCUAACUUCAGUCGGCCACCUUAGACCGUUCAUACAGUUAUAUUGUACUUUGUCGGCUUUAUGAUUACAUCGGAUAAUUAUGUUGUAGUCGGCGCUUUUUGGUCUAUGUUUUAAUUUUGAUUGCGGCGCAAAAUAAUUGACCAGAACGACUGUUUGUUUGUUGUUGUCGAGUGGAUAUUUGCCAUUUAAUCGUGGUUAGCGCUGCAUAUACGGACGCACGUGUCGGGAGCCCUAAAGGGUAGGGAGGAGGGGUAUCCGGUAACACCUAGUGAAUAGACUAAUAAUAUACUCUAGCUAUCGAAUGGAAGAGUGUGAGAUAAAGCAAAUGUGUGGCCAAUAAUCUGUUUCUUGUAUUCGGAUUGACAUUUAAAGAAAAGAGACAGAAAUAAUUGGCGAAUUACGUUACAUAUGCUUUUAUACAGGGUGGUAACUUUUGUUAGGAAUUUGCUUUGUCGAUUCUUUGUACGUGUGCCGCAGUCAGCGUUAAAAUACUUGAUGGCUUAUGAAAUUUAUUGAGAUUUUGAUACGGAGUGCAACUAGUAACGAACGCCAGUUGUUCCGAGCUUUGUCGACGCGUCCGCUACUCUCGUUUAUAAAUGAAACGUGUAAUAUAAUUUUGUUAGUGAUCUGUUUUAUAAUCAGUUUAUUGACGAUGAAUUUUAAUGUUAAUUACUUUUUUUUAUUUGUUAACCAUAUCGUCCUUAUUGUAAUCAAUUUCUUUUUUCAAUAAAGUAUGUAUAUUUUUUA